AUGAGUGAAAAAAUCAAACAGUUUAAAGGUGCUUUAUUGGUAAUACAAGAUCGAGUUAGCAAAUUACAGCAGGAUCUAGUCUUAAAAGAAGAUUAUAUUAAAUAUCUCGAAAAAGAAAUCUUAAUUCGAGAUAAAGAACUAGAUCCAUUACGAUUAGAAAUUUCUAAUCUUAAAAAACAGCUAGAAAAAGUGCUUCAAAAUUUAAAGAACCAAGAGAAUUAUAUUGAUUACUUAGAAAAAGAGUUAGUAUUUUUUCAGAAUAAAAUCGAUAAUCUUGAUGAAAAAAUAAAUAAUAUUAUAGUUAUGGCCCACCCACAAAGAUCGCAUACAGAAAAUCAGGCGAUACUCCGAAAUCACAGAAUUCAGCAAGCAACUAAUAAUAUUAGAUUAUAUUUUCAAAGCCCAAAUAUAGUGCCAACAUUAAAUGGUAUUGUAGAUUAUCUUAACACAAUAUCUGAGGCUGGCAAUUUAUUAGAACAGUUAACAAUAGAUACCUAUCUUCAUUUGAAUAACCGUAUAAAUAAUGAUGUAAACCAAAUAACCAAUUUACAAAUCCAGUUAAGCACUCUUCAAAAUGACUAUGAUCUUCUUAAUCAAGCUUAUAGAGCUCACAAGCUUAAUUAUCACUUGUUAAAAGCAACUUCUAUAGAUAAAAAAAAUC